AGUCAUAAUUGCAAGUUUGAAUCAAACACUAUGGAUGAAAAAGAAGAAGAAUUAGUCAGUUCAAAGAAAAGUGAUACAUCAAGUUCUAUGUCUUCUGCACCAGGCUGUACGCCACCUCCGCCACCUCCACUGCUACUCCCACCUCCUCCACCUCCAUUACCACCACCCUUGAUCACUUCUUCAACGUCGCCGGUAAUAACUAUAUCGAAUAAUUUUUUAUCUAGAAAUCAACAACAAGCAGGCAAUAACGUUUCCCUUUCUUCCAAUCAGACGGUAAAUAACACAUGUGGUAGUGAGAUUGACAGGCAAAAGUUGAAACCCUUGCGAUGGAUUAAAAUUUCUACAUCUGAGCAGAUCAGUGUAUGGAAUAGGACCAGCUUGCUUCAGAAGGAUACUACUAAUCAUCGAUCGACAAUGUCAAAGCAGGCAAACAAUUUCAUUAAUCUAGCUAAAUUAAACGUCUUAUUUGUUCAACAACAAAAACAGACUGUAAAAUGUCCAGAAGUGAAAAUAUCCCUAAAUGAUGAGGUAUUCUCACAAAAAUGUAUAAAUACACACAUAGAUGAAGCUAAUAACAACAAUAGUAGCUCGUAUUGUCAUAUGGCCAGGGAUAAUGAUACUGUUGUACAGGAUAAAAAGUUGACAGUAUUUCAAAUCAAUAAUCCAAAACGACUUGAUGUCACUUCUUCUUCUUAUCCUACACGUGGAAGAUCACUUUCAUCCUCUCGUACGAUGGAAUUUGUUCAAAAACACUAUGAGGCAAAUUUACUGGAAAGUCAAAGAUGUCUGAAUGUCAACAUAUUUCUACGUCAGUUCCGGAACAGUCAUAUCAGUUUACUAGAUUUAAUCAAUCAGUGUGACGGUAGUUUAAUCGGUUCAGAAAGGCUGAGAGAUUUAAUCAAAUUAUUGCCAACAGAUGAAGAAAUAAAAAGUUUUAAAAGCUUUCAAGGCAAUGUAGAUUAUAUGGAUCCUGCUGAAAGAUUCUUUUAUGAUUUAGUGAGAAUACCGAAAUACUAUCUUAAAAUUGACAGUAUGUUAUUAAAGGAAGAAUUCCAAACAGCUGUGAAUUGGAUAAAAUUAGCACUGGACAACGUAUUGAAAACAGGCCAAGAGAUACUAACUUCGCCCUUAAUUUGCGAAUUACUUCAAACUGUUUUAGAAAUUGGGAACUAUAUGAACAGGGGUGACAACCUUGGAUCAGCAUCUGGUUUCAAAAUUUCCAGUUUACUAAAACUUUCUGAAGUUCGAUCGAAUGAUCCAAAAAUCACACUGUUGCAUUUUCUCGUUCAGGAAUUGAAAGUUAAUAAUUCACCAAUACUAAGAAUUAAAGAAACACUACCGUGUUUGAAAGAAGCAUCUGAGGUGUCACUUGAAUUAGUUAUGAAAGAAAUUCAUCGAUUCAGGAGCAGGUUAAAAAACAUGAGUGAAUAUUUUAACCAAGAUGCUUUUGAAGAACACUCACAAAUCCAUGAUUUCAUUGAAACAUCUAAUAAAGAAUUAAACGAAGUACAAAUACAACUGGAAAAAGUCCAGGAAAUAGAGAAAAGUUGUGCACACUACUUUUGUGAGUGUCCAACACAGUUCAGGAUUACAGAAUGUUUACAGACAUUUAACCAAUUUUUUGAAAAGAUGAAGUCUACUGAACAAGAAAUAAGUGAAUACGAGUCAUUGCAUAAAGAAAGAACAGAUAAGGUGAACAAAGUUGAUGCAUCACUUACAGGAAACUCUAAAAGUGAUGAAAGACACAAUCGUACAUUGGAUAAUAAUAUCAAACAGCCAAAUCAAGAUGCGCAUAACAUGAUGAUUGAAUUAAUUUCAAAUAAUCUGUCACAUCCAAGAAUAGUUCACAGUCAAUCAAGAAGUCGAUUCAGAAGCAAUAAAUUGAGUUUAUCAACAUCAACAAAUUCAUUGUCUAAACUUUUAUCAGAAGACAAUAAUACAACAUUGAAUCAAGGAAGAAGUUAUACAAGUCAAUUGAAUAUUGCAUCAAAAUCUGUUAACAUUCCAAACGGUUCAUCUCUAUUCGAACAAUAUCCAGUGACAAACUCCUCAACCGUGAUAAGAUCACGUCAAUCAGGAAUUGGACAAAAACUCCGCAUAAACUCUAAAUUUCUAACAAUGAAUGAUGACGACAUCGAAGUAGAACGUGAACGUAGACCCUGGUCACAGAUAAGAAAUCAAUCAAUGAAAACAGUGAGAAGUGGAAAAGAAACGCUGAAUCCACCAGCGAGGGAUACACAAGAAGAGAAUUACACCAGUGAUGAAGAAUCAUUCUAUCAACUAGAUGAACGAAUAAAACGAUUAACAUCAAAAUUUAACAAGAAAUAUUGAAAAAAAAGAAAAUGAUAAUAUUCUUUCUAUCACAUAUGUGGUGCAAUACAC